CAGUGAUGCUGGGCUUGAUGGGGGGAGGACUCCUGUGCGCCGCCUCCGGCCUGGUCCUCCUCAUUGUUGCCACAGCCACGGACUUUUGGAUGCAGUACCGGUACUCGGGUACCCUCAGCAACCAGGGCCUUUGGCGGUUCUGCGUGGGCAGCAAGUGCCACCCGCACACCAUCACCCUUGCCUUCUGGGACACGACCCGGGCCUUCAUGAUCCUCUCUGUCAUCUCUUCCUUCGCGGGGAUCAUCUUGGGACUCACCGCUUACUCUAGUAGCGCCGGUUCCACCCGGACGCGCUCCGCGGGCAUCACGCUCUUGAUGGCAGGUCUCUUUGCUGUGCUGGGUGUUUCUGUCUACACCGGGGUGACAGUGAAUUUCUAUGCAAAGCGCUACGCAGAAUGGCGUUUCUCUUGGUCCUACAUUCUGGGCUGGAUCGCGGUCAUCCUGACCAUCUCUUCAGGUGUGUUCCACAUUUGUGCCGUGCCCAGAAACUCAUCCCCUGAUGGCUCCAGUGUGGUGAGCGGAUGACUCCCUACUGUUCUCUUGGCACACUGGUCCAACUCUGUCCUGUCCUGGUUCUUGGUUAUCUUGGGAUUCCUGGUGGCCUCCACUGCUACAUCCUUCACCCACCCUCUACGGCUUCUUUGGGGAUUCACUAGACGACAAGCACCACCACCACCACCAGAUUUUUGCUGAUGGGACA